AUGCUUGCUCAGGUGCCUGGUGUGCCCCAGGCCUCUGACUCGUCUCGAAAGUUGUGCGGAGGCUGUGUCAGGAAGGUGUCUGCAAGAGAGGCAAAGAAGAAGAAAGGUGUAUUCUGGGGCAUUGAGGUGGCUAAAACACUCAGUUGGCAUGGCUGGGAACUUGGACAAGAGAUGAUCAAACACCUGACCUUGAAAAAUGUUCAUGAGAAAACCCAGAAGCUGAGCUACAGAUGUCCUUCCACGCGAGCCUUCCUCACUGUUUUUCCACAGCCGAUUACUCUGAGACCUGGUAUGUCCUUCACUCUGCCCAUCGUUUUCCAGCCCACUGAAAAGAGGGAGUACAAAGACAGCAUCUGCUUUCAGAAAGCUGAGGGUGAGUUCUCUGUCACUCUGCGUGCCACACUUCCAUGCCUCCGUCUGUCCUUCCCAGCUGUUGUCCAGUUGCCUAUCUGUGCUGUCCACAAUGUCACGGAGACAACAUUCCCCGUGCACAAUGUUGGUGAUCUCAUUAUUGAGUUUGCCUGGGAGACACCAAGCCCUUUCUACAUGAUUCCUGACCAUGGCAUGCUGAACCCAGGUGCCAAGUGCAUGGUCAAGGUGGUCUUCCAACCCAAGGUGGCUGGGGUGCAUCAUGUGGCAGCAACAUGCUGCUUUGGAGGUGAAGAGAAACAAAAGAGGACAAUGCAGCUAAAAGCCCUGGCCAAAUACCCAUACCUGCGGGUGAGUGUGACAGGGAAAGACUACAAAGGUGUACAGCCUGCAAAGUUUCAGGAUGUGCUGUGCUUUGGAUCAGUGCCAGUGGGGACAACUGUGGAGAAGUGUGUUGAAAUCUUCAACAUGUCUGUGGUUGAUGCACCAUGUAGGAUAGAACGAGCAAAAGAUCCUCUGCUCCGUGGUCAUGUUUUCUCUUGUAAUGUGUCCCAUGAUGUUGUCCCUGCCAAAGGGAAGCUGGUCUUGUGCAUACAGUUUAAGCCUCAAAUAGUAGGAGAGCACAGUACUGACUAUUUCACUAUCAUAUCUGCUGGAUACCUCCUGGAGACUGUUCUGAAGGUGGUUGGCUCGUGUAAAGGUCCUUUGGUGUCCCUGAACCAAUAUUCUGUGGACUUCAACUGGAUCAAUCUUGGAGAAAGUUUGAUGCAGACACUGGAAAUCAGCAACAUGUCAGAUGUCCCAGCCUAUUAUCAGUUUGAUAUCGAUGGCAAAGGGAGCAUCUUCUCCUUGGAUCGUCCCCGUGGAGUCCUGGAGGGCAAAACAACACUAACACUGAAGGUGACCUUUCGACCUACUCACCCAAUUAUCUAUCACCGCAGAGUGGUGUGCCUUGUCCACCAUCAG